ACUAAUCGUCUAAACUCGGGCCCUAUGCUGUUCCUUUCCUCCCCAAGCAACGGAGCACCCCAUACCAUGCUCAUCGUUACGUUCAGCACCAUAAUAAACAUUUGCUCGCUGAUAUCAAUGGGGGAACCGGCCUUGCUAUAUAUGCACAUCCUUCACCAUUUCUCGUACUCCCUGUUGGCGAAGUGCAUAGCAGGCAUCAAGGCUCGCAUUGCUCAUCAGUUGAUGAACAAAAAUCUUUCGCAUCUUCCUCCAUUGCGGCCCAUUAGGGCUGAAAACAAUAUCAAUCCCACCAUAAAAUAGAAUCUUCGAAGUUGCUAAAACGUCAUGGUUAGCAAAGAUUGCAUCAUUGUCUUUUAGGAUUAUUUUGGCGAGCGAAGCGGAGCUUAUGACAAUACAAAUCUUUCUGCCCAGUUGGAGCCUCAUGAUGGGACCAUAAGUGUUAGACAAUUUAGUAAGGUAGUGAUUUAAAUCAGGUUGAAGAAAGGGAAGGUU